UUCUUUGAGCGCUGGAUGCGGAAGCAGGUAUCUUGUUUGUUUAUGUCCGUGUUAUGUCUGUGUUGAAGGGACUAUCUAUCUGACUAUCUGUACAGAUCCGCCUCCUUUUUUUUUUUUCGGCUGCUAUCGGUCUCACUCAGCCAUUGAAAGCUUUUCUCUGCUUUUUCCUGAGAAAAAAUGACUAGAGACCUGCGCUUGACGUCUUUUUGAUGAUGUCGGACCGGAAAGGGAAAAUUGUAAUGCUGGACCUGGUCCGCAAAGGGUUAAACUUUUUCAACAGAUAAAAUCCUAUGAUAUUAUAAAUUUAUUAAAAGAAAUUCUGUGUUCCUUCAAUAGUAAAGCCACUCCUGUUAUAAUGCCAGAUUGCAUUUGUCCCUUGAAUGCCCUUCAUAACACUGUAUUUAAAUAGAUACAUAAUUAUUUUUUCAGCAGCUACUAAACAGAAUCCGGUCUGCUGCCAUGGACAGUGUGAAGAUGGAAUCUGUCCAGAUUAAAGAGGAGUUUUCUGAACUUGAACCUGCCCCCAUUAGAGUGGAGUUCUCUGGGCUGGCUUCCCUCCCCAUUAAACAGGAGCUCUGUGAGAUGCAAUGUGACAGCAGUCAGCCAGAGGUCUCUGAGAUUAAAGCUGAGCACAAUGAAUUGGAGAUCCCCCAGACAGAAGAACCCCUUCCUGUUAAACAAGAAGAGGUGCUGGAAACUGUCCGUAUUAAACAGGAGCCCCCUGAAGUAGAGUUUGACCACAUGGAACCAGGGAAGGAAGAAUCCGAGGACUUCAAACCAAACAUCCCUGAGCUGGAGCCUGUACGCCUGCGGGAGUGUAGCGUGGUGCUGGAGAGAAUCUGCGUGAGAGAGCAAGGCGCUGGAGAGGAAGGCUCUCCCAACAGCACGCAAGGAGGUGGAAAGGAAGACGGGCGCUCCCAUUCAGAAUGCAGUCUAGCAGGUUCCAGUCCAGCAGCUAAAGCGAGGGCGGGCGGUGGAGAAUAUCCUGACUGUGGGAAAGGUUUAACCCAGUUAGGAAACCUGAAAACACACCAGCGAAUUCAUACAGGAGAGAAACUGUAUAGCUGCUCUGACUGUGGAAAGAAUUUCAGUGGUUCAGGAACCCUAAUAAGACACCAGCGAAUUCACACAGGAGAGAAACCGUAUUGCUGCUCUGACUGUGGGAAGAGUUUCAUUCAGUCAGAACACCUGAAAAGACACCAGCGAAUUCACACUGGAGAGAAACCAUUUUGCUGCUCUGACUGUGGGAUGAGUUUCAAUCAGUCAGGAGACAUGAAAAAACACCAACGAAUUCACACUGGAGAGAAACCAUUUUGCUGCUCUGACUGUGGGAUGAGUUUCAGUUACAGAGGAGCCCUGAAAGCACACCAGCAAAUUCAUCUAGGAUAUAGCCUGUAUUGCUGCUCUGACUGUGGGAAGAGUUUCAGUUUUUCAGGGUACCUGAAAACACACCAGCGAAUUCACAAAGGAGAGAAACCGUAUUGCUGCUCUGACUGUGGGAAGAGUUUCAGUCAGUCAGGAGCCUUGAAAAAACACCAGCGAAUUCACACUAGAGAGAAACCAUAUAUCUGCUCUGACUGUGGGAAGAGUUUCAGCCACACAGAAUCCCUGAAAACACACCAGCGAAUUCAUACAGGAGAGAAACCGUAUUGCUGCUCUGACUGUGGGAAGAGUUUCAGUCAGUCAGGAGACAUGAAAACACACCAGCGAAUUCACACUGGAGAGAAACCAUAUAUCUGCUCUGACUGUGGGAAGAGUUUCAGUCACACAGUAUCCCUGAAGGCACACCAGCGAAUUCAUACAGGAGAGAAACCAUAUUGCUGCUCUGACUGUGGAAAGAGUUUCCGUUUUAAAACCAAUCUUCAUACACACCAACGAAUUCACACAGGAGAGAAACCGUAUCACUGCUCUGACUGUGGGAAGAGUUUCCGUACUAAAAAUGACCUUCGAGUACACCAACGAACUCAUACAGGAGAGAAACCGUAUUGGUGCUCUGACUGUGGCAAGCACUUCCGUCAGUUAGGACACCUGAAAACACACCAGCAAAUUCACACAGGAGAGAAACUGUAUCGCUGCUCUGACUGUGGAAAGAGUUUCAGUCGGUUACGAAGCCUGAAAACACACCAACGAAUUCACACAGGAGAGAAACCGCAUGGUUGCUCUGACUGUGGGAUGAGUUUCAGUCAAUCAGGACACCUGAAAGCACACCAGCGAAUUCACACAGGAGAGAAACCAUAUUGCUGCUCUGACUGUGGGAAGAGUUUCAGGGAAAGAGGAACCCUGAGAAAUCACGAGCGAAUUCACACAGGAGAGAAACCGUAUUGCUGCUCUGACUGUGGGAAGAGUUUCAGUCAAUCAGGAGCCCUGAAAGCACACCAGCAAAUUCACACAGGAGAGAAACCGUAUUGCUGCUCUGACUGUGGGAAGAGUUUCAGUCUGUUAGGACACCUGAAAUCACACCAGCAAAUUCACACAGGAGAGAAACCGUAUUGCUGCUCUGACUGUGGGAAGAGUUUCAGUCAAUCAGGACACCUGAAAUCACACCAGCAAAUUCACACAGGAGAGAAACCGUAUUGCUGCUCUGACUGUGGGAAGAGUUUCAGAGUUUCAGAACAACUGAAAAGACACCAGCGAAUUCAUACAGGAGAGAAACCGUAUAGCUGCUCUGACUGUGGGAAGAGUUUCAGAGUUUCAGAACAUCUGAUAGCACACCAGCGAAUUCACACAGGAGAGAAACCGUAUCGCUGCUCUGACUGUGGGAAGAGUUUCAGUCAGUUAGCAGCCCUAAGAAAACAUGAGCGAAUUCACACAGGAGAGAAACCGUAUCACUGCUCUGACUGUGGAGAGAGUUUCAGAGAAAGAGGAACCCUGACAAAACAUGAGCGAAUUCACACAGGAGAGAAACCGUAUUUCUGCUCUGACUGUGGGAAGAGUUUCAGAGUUUCAGAACAACUGAAAACACACCAGCGAAUUCAUACAGGAGAGAAACCGUAUUGCUGCUCUGACUGUGGGAAGAGUUUCAGUCAGUUAAGUAACCUCAAACAACACACCAGCAAACUCACACAGGAGAGAAAUUGUACCAGUGCUCUGACUGUGGAAACAGUUUCAACAAGUUAGGACAUCUUCAAACACAUCAGUGAAUUCACAACGGAUACAAACCCUAAGGACCAUGUUCAUUCAGAAAGAAACAUUACCUUACAUCAGCGCUCCAGAUAAGGUUUUGGGUCUGGGAGUAACUUACCCUUUUAACACUGAGAGUAAAAUGUUUUUCAGGGGGUAAAAUGCAACAUUACCUUGAAGUCCUGAGUAAUCUCGAUAAAUACUGUACAAUCUUUGAUUAUAAUGGGUAGGCAUUAAAAAAAAAAGCCUUCCAUUUUAACUGCAGUGUUUCUUUGAACUACGGCACAACCACAGUUCUACAAGGUUCUUUAUCGGCUCAGCGCAUUUUUUUUCCAGGUAUCACACUGACUCUGCAAAUCAAUUACAUUAUAUUUUAACAUUAACCUCUUUUGCGAUACAGACGUACCCUGCACGUCAUGAUUAAAAACAUGGUUAAAAAUGUUUAAAAAACAGAUAUAUCAAUCUGGAUUGCUGUUUUUUCACUCGGGGUGGUUCAUUGAGGUGUUAUUACACAACAUAUUAAUGUCAUUAUAUUACAUAGAUAAAAUAUAUUUGAUGUGAUGCAGUUGUUAAAUGUAAUUUACAGCCUGUUUGAAUGCAAGCAGUGGCCAUCUUUGGCUUGCACUGGAAACAGCCAGAAUGAAUUUAAAACAAUCUGUGUGUAACUUUCGUUUUCUUUUCAAUGAGGAUUGAUAAUAAAAAAAGUUUACCUUUUGAUUAGUAGCUGUUUUAUCGAGCUGUGCUUCAUGAAAUCAGCUUUGAAGUUACAUACGACUAUUUGUCUAUGUCUUGUUUUGUUCAUGUGACAGAGAGGAAGAUACUUCCUGCUCCUGACUGUAUCAUCGUGUGACACCAUUGUAAUGCACCGAGCGUGUGGGAGCUACUGUAUCAUCGUGUGACACCAUUGUAAUAUACAGAGCGUGUGGGAGCUACUGUAUCAUCGUGUGACACCAUUGUAAUGUACAGAGCGUGUGGGAGCUACUGUAUCAUCGUGUGACACCAUUGUAAUGCACCGAGCGUGUGGGAGCUACUGUAUCAUCGUGUGACACCAUUGUAAUGUACAGAGUGUGUGGGAGCUACUGUAUCAUCGUGUGACACCAUUGUAAUGUACAGAGCGUGUGGGAGCUACUGUAUCAUCGUGUGACACCAUUGUAAUGUACAGAGCGUGUGGGAGCUACUGUAUCAUCGUGUGACACCAUUGUAAUGCACCGAGCGUGUGGGAGCUACUGUAUCAUCGUGUGACACCAUUGUAAUGCACCGAGCGUGUGGGAGCUACUGUAUCAUCGUGUGACACCAUUGUAAUGUACAGAGCGUGUGGGAGCUACUGUAUCAUCGUGUGACACCAUUGUAAUGUACAGAGCGUGUGG